AUGGCUCACCUGGUGUCUUUACGAUUCGCGGAAGCUGCGCAACUCUAUGCAACUGCUGGAGGAUACGCUGAAAGAUUUCUGAAAUCCUCCAAGGAAAAGGCUGCCAGGUUGGCGGACCACCUCAAGACCAUGCGAGGCCUUCGACUAAUCGAAUGUGAUCCAGUCGAGGCCACUGGAUACUCUUCCUCCAACACUACUCCAGCAACGGAGCCCCAAACCCGCUCGGUACCACACGCAGUGGGGUCGCUGUCACAGACCAAUCCCGAGCCACUCAGCUCCCAGGACUCCGACCCUUCCCCUCCUCCUCGUCCUCAUCUUCCUUCCCUUUCGCUCCAAGACCUGCCCCUCUGGCGGGCGGAUUCCGUGGUCCUGCCUGGCCAGCAGGCCCUGCUGCACAUCCACACGCCGCAUUACGUCCACAUGUUUGAUCGCCUGUUUGCCACCUCGGGGGGCCCCGGCCAGCUCUUCGGCCACCUGCAUCUUCCUGCGGGCUCGCGCAAUCUGGGCGCUGCCGAAUGGGCCUUAUGCGCACCUGGCUCCCGAGCGCCCGCCGUGGGUGUGCUGAUGGAGGUGAACCGGGCGGUGCGGCUGCAGGAUGGGAAGCUGAUGGUGCUCGCGACGGCGCUGUGCCGGAUCCAGGUUCGGCAGUGCUUGUCUGAAACGCCGUACUCCCGUGCCCGAACGGAGCUCUUCCAUGACGAUGAGCUGCUGGAGUCGUACCACGCCGCCGGCCUGACGGCGGUGCUGGGUACGGACACUGGAAGCUCAGCAUCCCCCUCUAUAAGUGUCGCCGCCUGUGCCGGCACGGUGCCCAUGAGCUCGAUGGGACCAGCGCUGGGCACUCCUCUUCCGGACCACCCGGCCAUGCAGCAGCUGCAGGCGCAGGUGCACGGUGUGGACGGCGGCGCCUCCACCCCAGCAGGGAUGUUGCUGCACACAGCCGCUGCUGACGCGGCCCUGCACGCCGCCGGGGUGGCAGCGCAGGCUGCCGCCACCGCUGCCACCUGGCGCUGGCUGGAGUAUGAGGCCUUCACGGCGCGCGCAGCCGCGUGGCCGGGGCGCCGCCCUGCCGAGGGCACCGAUCCGUGGGACACUCGGCGGCUGGUUUCAGAGCUUGUGGAUCACGGCGUACUCAGCAUCGUGCCCUUUGCCGAUGGACCGGUAGCCGGGCGGUGGGACCUGGCUUCCUUACGCGACGUGGCAGCAGCGGAUGCCGUCGCCGCCGCCGCCGCUGCCGCGGCAGCAGGUUGCGUAGCAGUUAGUGGGCCUGAUCCCCCACGUUUCGUUGCGCACGAGGAAUCUGACACCACCGGCGCGGGCCCUUCUGAUUCAGGUGGGCGUGAGGCGGCGCCGGGUGGUGCAAGUAAUAGCAGUAGCCAGCGGUCCGCAGCAGCUGUCCUAGACGUCCAGGAAGGGGAUGAAGGGCCAGGAAUGAGCACUGGAAAGGACCAAGCGGCGGCGGCGGAGCAGCAGCGGCCCGAUAGCUGCUUGCGGCCUAUGGACUCACCCGCAUGUGCGCCACCCUUAGCAACGGACAGGGGCCUCGAGCCGAGCCCUGAUGCGGUGCCACCCAAGCCGAGCAGCAGCGGCCGCGGUGAGGCCGAGGGGUCCCAGCCCGAGGGGACUUCCCGUCGCACGUUCUCGGCUUUUGGCAGCGCCGAGCGGGGCAGAGGUGAGGAAGACAGGGACGAGGAGAAGGACGAGGAGGCGGAUCUUACGGGGCAUACGACGUACGACCUGGUGCUGCUGGAGUCGCAACUGUGGCAGGAGCUCGACUCGUUGGCGGUGCUACAGGCGAGGGUUAAUCAGCAGAGGCUAGGGCUGCCACUGGGGCUGCUGCAGCUGCGGCCCAGUGGUGCGCUCGCAGCGGCACAGCUGGCCGCGGCUGCGCCGCCCUCCGUUGCGUGCCGGCGGCCUGAAACCGUCGCCACCGCUGCCGAGUGCGCCCAUGGGAGCGAGCCCGAGCAGCCGUAUACUGCCGAGGAUCCAGCUCUAGAUACUCCAGCGGCUGGAGACGGAGGUGAUUGCGGCAGCGGGGCAGCGGGCAGUGACAGUGCAACGACAGUGAGGGAGUCGGUGAACUCAACCGUGGCGGAUGUGACGGAAGACUACAGCUUAGCUGGCAGGGGUCGGAGUGGCGACACCGCGGAGGACUCUUCUGAGGGAGCAGUACAGCAGCAGCCGCAGCCGGUGCUGCCGCAUGGCACAGUGCAGCCCCAUGUCCAUCCCGCCUCUGAGGGACUUGACGUAUAUUGCCAUCCGGACUACCCACUGGAGAGGCGAAUUAUGCGGCUGUCGUAUGCAGCCGCAGGCAUUUUCAUAGAG